AUGAUGAACUCCAAUGUAAUGAUGAUGUGAGUUUUUUUCAUUUUUCGCUGAUUUAGCUUCAAAAAAAUAAGUUGGUUUUUUUACUAAAUAAUUUUUGUAAGAUUUUUUUGCGAUUUUUACAAUAGAAUGUUUGUUAUUAUAUAUGUUAGAACAAUUUUUUUAAAGUUUUUUUAAAAUUUUUCAGAACAGUUUUACACUCGAUUUUUUCGAAUUUCUCUCCGAAAAAUGUUUUUCAAAGCAAAAAGCAUGGACGGAUUUGAAAAAUAGGCUCUCUUUUUGAAAAUUUAGACGCUAGGAAUCCGUUUUUCCUGUUGCUGGAACAUUUUUUGGCCCCUGGUUGAACUUUUGAUAAAGCUUGGUUGAAAGAAACUUCAUGGCCUCCUAUGGGAAAAAGCGAAAGUGGGUCCUAUAGGGAAAAACCCCUUAUGGAGGUAUACUAAAGGACCCCUGAAUCUCAAACUCCCUACGGGACCCACUUCAGCUUUUCCCAGUAAUUCCAGAACGAGAAAAAAAACUUUAAUUUUUCAAGUGUCCAAAAUGCGUAGAGUUCUCGAUCGUGGUCAGAUUUUAGACUUCGAAAAAUUAAUUAUUGGCGGCUCACAAAAGAAAAUUUUGUUUUUUUCAAUAAAUUUCGUGUAAAUCUUUAUAAUUUGGCGUAAAGUGCGAAAUAGUGUUCAUUAAGAUUCAAGGCCAUGUUUUUUUUUGGCGAAAUUUAAAAAAUUCAGAAAAUAAGUGACUUUGUAAAUAUAAUGACCAGAAUUUUCGAAAAAAAGUUCAUACAAUUAAGAAAAAAGUACUUUAAACCGUUAGCACCUUUAUGAAGCCCAAAAAACUACUCAAAUUUUGAAAACUUGAAAAUAGGCGUCCCAGAAAAGUGACCGAACCGACCGACGCCAAAAAAGGUUUUCCCAAUGUUUUGAACGUGUAAUUGGUCAUUUAUACAGUGAAAAAUGUUUUAAAAGUUUCAAACGUGGAUUUUAUUUAGAAAAGACGAAUAUAUAUGCCGGAAGGAUGAUUACAUGAUGUCGCCGGCUUUUGGUCGUCUGACGGAAGAACUCAUCGAACCUACCUUCAAUUUGCGGCUCAUUGAAGCUGUUAAACACAGCCGAUGCAUUUUCGACUCGGGAGAUCGGCAGUAUAGGAAUACGGAAUAUAAAAAUAAGGUGAGGCAAUAAAUUUCGUUAAAUAAGUGUCAAAACGAGGAAAAAAAAUGCAGGAUAACAGAAAUUUCGGCUGAGUUCUCGAAAAGUUUUAAUUUUUGCGCUUAUAAAUCAGGCAAAAUUAUUAAAAAAGUGAUUAUUUGGUAUUUUUAGGACGCGACUGUUUAUUAUUUUUUUCGUUUGAUAAUUUUGCCAGAUUAGGAUCCUUCGUCACCCUAAAAGUAACAUUUCUGUAGAGACUUUUUUCCACCCUCUGUCUAUGUAUCUUGAAAAUUAAUUUUCCAGUCGAAAUCCUGCGUUUUUCUGACUAUUUUACAGCAUUAAUAACAUGAUUUUAAGGUCUGGAACCGGUUGGUGAGCGUUUUGAGCUUCGAGGGAGAUCCGAGGGCCUUGGCUUCUCGUUGGAAGCAGCUCCGUGAUAAGUUGGUCUUUUCUCAUAAAUUAGAAAUAAUGUAGUUUUGAAUAUUUAUUUUUGAAGCAAUCUACAAGACGCUUUGAAAUCGUUAAAAAAUAAUUUUUCAUUCAGAUAUGGAAAGGAGAAACGAAAGGCCAAGUACAGCGCUGAGCCGUCCGUUUGGCAAUAUUACAAGGUUUUUUUCCCCUCAAAUUGACUCUUUCUUAUUUUUAUCAUUACUAUUUUCCACUUUGUUUGAAACUUUUCAUAAUUUUCUUGUUAUGGUAGUUUUUUUUCAGCACCUCCAAUUCCUUGACCCUCAUAUGACGGAUCGAACCGACGUUUCGCCCUCGAGGAAGGAAAAUCAUGACGUUGUGAGUUGGGAGAUCAUAGAAAAAAAUGAAAAAUGUAAAAACCAUCAAGAUCUCGGAGUUUUUCAAAUAAAAAAAGAUGAGUUUUUAAAAUGUUUGUACUUAUAAUUUUGAACAGAAAAAAAGCUGUUUCACAGUUUUUGAAGGUUACGUGAUUUUUUUCAAUUUCACAAAAAAAUUUUUAAAUAAAAAAAUAAAAAGAAUUUGGAUUAAUAUGACUUUUUAAACGUUAGUAGAUCCCAUGAAAUAUUGAAGUUUUUUUUCAAAAAAAUGAAAUUUCAAUCAGAUUUUGAUUUUGUUUAGGGCAUCAUUUUAUUGAAAAAAAUGAACUGGGACGAUAAUUUUACAGCAAUUGGUGGUGACGGACCCGUCUUUCCCGGGCCGACUCAUCGACGAAGUCCACCUCCAGCCGUGUCUUUUCGACAUUCGAGACCCCAAAUAUCGCCAUUCGGACUGCCGUCACCAGGCCUGGAACCAAAUCAUUCAGAACUUGCGAUAUCCAAGUAUGUAAUCGAACCAGGGUCUUCUAACAAUAUUUCUUUUCCGAGCUGGUAUAAAAUUCUGGAAGAAGAUUUUUUACUUGGCUUUUCCAAUCUCCCUACUAUCCAGAACCUGCGCUAUCCUAGUACUUUUUUGAAUAUGGGACCAGUGAUUUUUAAAAAUUACUUUUUCCGAGCCGAUAUUAUUUUCAAAAAAAAAGUCAGAUUUUUUUUUUGAGUUUUCUAACCAGCGUCCCUGAAGCUUUCUACUUGAGCACUUUCAAAUCCGAAAAUUGACAGCGCCUAAGAAAAGAAAAUUUCAAAGUUUUCCCAUAAUUGUCAGCGUCUUUUACGGCUCCUGGAAGAACAGAACUCGACCUUUCUCAAAGAUUGGCAGCGCCUAAAUAAAAAGCUUUCAUGAUCCUCCUAAACUUGGCAAUUCCUUGAUCAGCGUCUGACUAAACAGAAGUCAUGUUCUGAUAGUAGGAGAAAAAAUAUUAGUGUAUCAUCCGCUUUUUACAUAAUUCCAGUCAACCAAUUUUUUUUUUGAUAUUUCUCUUUUCCUUGAAUUUCUCAUUCAAAUUGUGUAUAUCCUAAUGAAAACACAAAAAUGAAGGUAAUAAUCUCGAAGUAAUAUAUGAAACAGUAAUAAUUAAAGGAGAAAAGUCAGUAACGGAAAGAUUCCUAGCAAAAAGGGGAAAAAGUGGCUUUUGGAAAAUUCCCUAAUCUCACGAUCGUACUAUCCAAGCUCCAAAGGUUUAAUAUAUAUUUUCAAACUUGACAGUUUCCUAAAUAUCUUCAGAAAGAUCAGAACUUGAGUUUUUUCAGAAAUUGGCAGCGCCUAAAUAAAACUUUCCGGUUAAAAAAAAAAAAUUGGCGCGAAGUUCAAAUUUCAAAAACGUUCUUUUUUUUUCGAAGAUUUUCAUCUCAACUAGUGUUGCUCAUGUUACCUAUGUUUUCAGGUAACAUCAGCUCGAUCUACAAGCAAUGGAAAAAGCUCAGGGAUCGCUAUGUCAGGGAGAAACGACGAUUGAAGUUGCAGGUCGGUAAAAAGAGGAUUUAGAAAUUAAUUUGCUGAAAAAAUGAAAGAAAUUAUUGAAAAUUAAAGGCUGACGCUGGAAUCCACGAGGAAUCGACAUGGGAACUUUAUGGAGCAAUGCAGUGGAUGGACCCGUAUUUGGACGAUAGAGCGCAGUUUGUCGAAAAGUUAGAUUUUAUCGAUUUAUUGAUUAUUUUGCAGGUGUUCGAGGACUAUGAAGCGACUGGCGACCCAGGACGACCUUUCUGAUUUUGAACUCGAUGAUGAGUGCGUUUUUUUUUCCAAAAUGAAAAGAAAAACAUGAUAAAAAGCCAAAUUUGAUGAAAAUGGUUUUUUUGAAAUUUUGUAGCGUGAUGAAUUUUUGACUUGACACUGUUAUGAUUAGAACGAUUAAAAAAUAUUCUUGUUAAAAAAAAAUAUCAAAAUUUUCAGUCUCAACUACAUGAUGAUGGGUGGCGAUAAACGAGGGGGAAAUACAGGUAAAUUUUAUUAGUUUAAAAUGUACCUUUGAAGAAAAAUCGAUAAAGAGGUUGUCGUAAAUAUUGAACACGUAAAAAUUAGAGGGUCGCCGAGAGACGAGGAGGGCGCAGAGAAAAAAUCGCGAAAAAUGGACUCUUGUAUUACUAGGGAAUUUUUCAAAUUUUGGCAAUUUGAUCAGAAACGAAAAAAGAUAAGUUAGAAAAGACCAAAACGUCCGCACUUUCCAGUGUACGACGUGCCGAAGCGCGUAGCCUCCGGCGGUGACGUCAUGCUCGACGGCGACUCGGCCUUCUCCGCUUCGAUCGUCUCCGACCUGAGGACCCUGCCCGAACCGGCCCGAGCUCAGGCCAAGCAGCUCAUCGAGAUGCUCCUCGAAACUGGCAAAAUGCCAAUCAUGUGA